AUGGAAGAAAAUCCCACUGUUGUACCUUUAGAAGACGACCCCGUCUCUCAAUCGAAGAGACCAAAAAUGUCCGAGCAUGUUACUAACAACUGCAAGUUUUUCGUGCACAGGAAGAAGCGUUUCUGCAAGAUGACGGUCAAAGAAGGCGAGGAGUACUGCGGCGAACAUAAAAAAAUCAGCACGGAUUUCGUACCGAGCAACGAAGCGAGUAAAGAUUCCGCAGUGCGGAUCGCUUGCCCCUUGGAUGGGAACCACACUUGCUACGCUCACAAUUUAAAAAAGCACCUGAAGAUAUGCAACGCACGGCCGAAACCUUUAGAACCGUUCAUUUCGAAAGGCAUCAACACCGAUCAAUCCGCUGCUGAAGAAGACAACACGUACAGGCUACUAUCUAGUUUUCCGACUGAAGAUAUACGCAAAACUAUCACUAAAGUAAACGAUACAUUUACCAACGUAAUUCAAAAGAACCUAUCGCAGAAAAUUUCUACGAAUAAAUUUUUAGAACAAGAAAUGCAAAAGCCGGAUUACGGGUUUAAAACCAAGAAGCAUUUAGAGCAAGUGUCUUCGAUACUGGGCCUCCUGGGCGAUUACAAUUUAAUGAAACGUAAUACUUGUUACAUUGAAUUCGGCGCAGGAAGAGGCCAAUUGAGCUUCUGGCUAGCUAGUACAAUUGACGAUGAAGAUUCAAAAAUACUACUCAUCGAACGAGCCUCACCUAAGCAUAAAAAAGACAACAAACUAGCCAAGACAACGGAUAAAGUCAGCAGGAUAAGGGCGGAUAUUUCCGAUAUUGUGCUAGAUAAACUCGAGCAAGUUUUGAAAAGUUCAUCCGUUGUUGGGGUAACAAAGCAUUUAUGCGGCGAAGCAACCGAUUUAGCUAUUCGAUGUUUGGGUAACGUGCAAGACAAUCGAGACAAAGUAAACGGGUGCAUCUUAACAUUUUGCUGUCACCAUCGAUGCAGAUGGGUCCCUUACACGGGAAAAGAAUUCUUCAAACAACAAGGCCUAAGCAAGCAGGACUUCGAUAUAAUGUGCGGCAUGGCCAGCUGGGCUACCUGCGGCACGGGAUUGAGCAGGGAGAUGAAUAAGGAAGUGAAGGAAUCCGAGAUGAAACAGAACGAAAGGGACGCGCAGAUAGGGCUUUCGAGGCUUGAGAAAGAGGAGGUCGGUAGAAGGAGUAAAAACGUAUUAAAUUGGGGCCGGCUGCAUUUUCUCGAGCAAUGCGGAUUUAAAUGUUACUUGCAUUAUUACGUUGAUAAGGAUAUCACUUUAGAAAAUGUUUGUAUUGUCGCUGUAAAACAACAAUUAUAA